UCCCCAUUCUUAAUUGAAAAGAUCUGAUUAAAUUUGUUUAUGUUUCACAGUAUUAUAAUAAGUAUUUAGCUAAUAUUACCUAUACGAUGCUUAUGGUUAAUGAAAUCAGUAAUAUAUUAAUUAAAUAACCUUUAUUUUAUAGGAAUACUACAGGCGAUGCAUACAAGAUGCGAAACUUAAAACAAACAUUUGCAGCUGUUAUACCCGUUCUCUUCAUAUUCAUAGCACAAGACAGUGCCGAAAAAUGUGAGAAAACAAAAAUUGGAAACGAAUAUUAUAAAAGACAUCUAAUCGCAACAAUAGACGGUUAUCCUACAGGCAUGGUGAUAGAUCCUAGGACUGAAAAUAUAUUUUUCAUACUACACAAAAGGAAUUAUACAAAAGGAAUUCAUCUAUUAAAGCAUGGAGCAUUAGGCAUAAAAGAACUUCCCGUUUCUGAUGACGUAAUUGGACAAUGCGUUGGGAUAGAUGAAGCCACUAACACUAUAUAUAUUGGGACAAACCAAGGGCUUAUAGUAUAUGAUUAUUCUAGAACUGAAAUAACAGCAGAAAGACCUAUUGGCGAUGACGAUGUCCGGAACAUUUUCAUUGAUAGAGCUGAUGGACAGAUGUACAUAGCAACUGGGACAAAUCAUGAGAUCUUUAAAUUCAUGAACGGCUCGGCCGCUGUUAAAAGAUAUGAUAAAAUACCGAAAGCUUAUAGUUUCGUUUUGGACAGCAAGGGGAACGCUUUCUACGAAUACGUGGAUGGAAGACUAUAUUUUUUCUCUAUUGAUUACUACGAACCUAUACAGUAUAAAGGCUUCACAAGAGAACUAAAGUAUAUUCUACAACUAAACAAUAAUGAUGAGGCUAUAGUAGCUGUUAAAGGUUCUUUGUUUAGAUUGUUCACGAAGAGUAUUUUACCUGUUAAAAUUGGUCAACUCGGUUUCAAGAUAACUGGUAUGGCUUUUGACCACAAGAAUAACAUUAUUAUCGGUACUAAAAAUAAGAUAUACCGGUACAAACCCGUCGAUAACAACGAAUCUUGUUCACCAGAUGAUUAUUUUAUGUCCAGUAUAUAGUUUUAUUGGAUUUUUUAAACGUUGAUCAUAUGAAUGUUAAUCUUAAAGCUAAAUGAAAUUAUAUCAUGGUUUUCUAUUUAAAUUUUUGUAUUAUUUCUAUAUUUUAACCAAUAUAACAUAGAUAGAUAGAUAAAUUGUUUAUUUGCAUCGUGCACACACAAGAAAUAGCUAAAUGCAAUCAAAAUAUUUGAAAAAGUCGUCUGAUCCGACUUUAUGCAUGACUGUUGCUCAUGAGUAAAAAGGCACAAACAUACAAGAGUUAAUUUGCCGGAAGAGAAAAAAGAGUGUAGCAACGUUAUGGCGAUAAGUGAUUUUAGCUGGUUCUGCACAUCCGACCUAAUGCUUUUCAGGUCCAGAUUUACUAAAAGAGUAAAGCACUGAUAUUCAGUUUUUACUCUAAUUACUCGUGGUCGCACUGUAAAUAUAAAAAUUUGAAGAAUUUACAAUGAAAUUGAUUAAUCAUAGAACUACAAUACUAACUAGACACUACAAUAAUUCUUAAAAAUACUAACUUACUAAAAUAUGUAGAUAAACAGAAAGUAAUAAAUUAAUUUGGUACAUUGCGUCAGGAUCAUUCAAAGUCACAGCCAUAUUUGUUUAAAUUAGAAAGAAAAAUAAAAAAGAGAAACCGUUAAUAUUACUACCACCAACAUAAUAACAUCUAAAUAAUUUGAAAAUAUUCGUAAUCUUUCCAAAUUACAAUUAAAAAUGUUUUGAACACUCAAUAUCUAGGUGAACAUGUUUAUAAUAAAGAAAAUUAAAGUAAAUACUCUUUCCUUACUCCAAAAGAUUUCAAUGAAUACAUAACUUGCUUAUUGCGGUCCUAAAUAUGACUUGCAAAAGCAAAUGACUUGAUAAUAAUAUUAUUAAACAGCUCAUCUAACUUUCGAAUCAGUAAGUAGAUAUUUCGUAUUUAAAAUGUUACUCGUACGUAAUAGUGAUAACCGAUACUACCGUUUUGCUGAAUCAUCAACUCAAAUACUACUCUUGGUUUAGUUCGACGGAUUACUUACAUCAUCGGCAUGUUAAUGUCCCCAUAAGGCACAGGCAAUCCUUAUAUUGUCUCAACUUUUACGUGCCAUGAGCACGAAGAAGUUGAGAC